AUCUAGACAAAAGAAAUAAGCUCAAUCCAUUUUUUGGAUUGCAUAAGUUUAGAGCAUUUAUUGAUAAAGCAAAAAGAGGAGGAAUAAAAUUUCCAGAAAAUAAAGAUACAAGUAUUUUACUGACUAAAAUAAAUAAACAAGCAAUUUAUUCCAGUCGACCAUUAAUACCAUUAAUUAGUAAAGCAUUAACUUUACAAA